UAAAACUUACAAAUAAUGGCUUCAUUUAUUAAUUUAUUCGUUCGACGAUCGAUGUCAUCAACAACGGGAGUGAUCAAUCAUGUUACUGUUGUUGGUGGGGGUUUGAUGGGGAGUGGAAUUGCACAGGUCGCAGCUCAGACUGGUCACAACGUGACUUUAGUUGAUUUGGAUGCUUCGUUACUCGAGAAAGCAAAGAAAAGUAUUGGAAAGAAUUUGGAACGCGUUGCUAAAAAACAGUUUAAAGAAGAUACAGGGAAAAUUGAAGAAUUCGUGACAACUGCAGCAUCACGAAUUGAAGGUUCGACAGAUGUUCAAGCAGUAGUGCCAAAAACUGACCUUGUGAUCGAAGCUAUUGUGGAAAAUUUGGAAGCAAAACAGAAACUUUUCUCUUCUAUUGAUUCAAUCGCACCAUCAACAACAAUUUUCGCCAGCAACACUUCGUCGAUUCCAAUAUUUGAAGUCGCUAACAGCACAAAACGUCUCGAUCGGUUUAUAGGAAUUCACUUCUUCAAUCCCGUGCCUGUCAUGAAACUUGUGGAAAUAAUAAAAACAUGUAACACAAGCGAUCAAACUUACAAGACUUGUUUAAGUUUUGGUGAGAAAUUAGGGAAAACUUGCAUAACGUGUAAAGAUACUUUGGGGUUUGUUGUGAAUCGAUUAUUCAUCCCUUACACUGCUGAAGCUGUGAGAUUACUUGAACGUGGUGAUGCUUCAAUCAAAGAUAUUGAUACUGCAAUGAAGCUUGGAGCGGGAUAUCCUAUGGGACCAUUCGAGUUACUCGAUUUUGGUGGCCUUGACACAUUCGUCAGAGCUCUUGCUGUUUAUGAGCGUUGUGAACCCAACAAUCCAUUGUUCAAGCCUAUUCCUUUGCUUCAAAAGUUAGUAGACGAAGGAAAAUUAGGAGUAAAGAGCGGAGAAGGUUUCUACAAAUAUAAGAAAUAGCAAAGUCAGUUGACUGUGGUCGCAGCUCAGACUGGUCACAACGUGACUUUAGUUGAUUUGGAUGCUUCGUUACUCGAGAAAGCAAAGAAAAGCAUUGGAAAGAAUUUGGAACGUGUUGCUAAAAAACAGUUUAAAGAAGAUACAGGGAAAAUUGAAGAAUUCGUGACAACUGCAGUAUCACGAAUUGAAGGUUCGACGGAUGUUCAAGCAGUAGUGCCAAAAACUGACCUUGUGAUCGAAGCUAUUGUGGAAAACCUGGAAGCAAAACAGAAACUUUUCUCUUCCAUUGAUUCAAUCGCACCGUCAACAACAAUUUUUGCCAGUAAUACGUCGUCGAUUUCAGUUAGUGAAAUUGCAAAAGGUACAAAACGUCUCGAUCGGUUUAUAGGAAUUCACUUCUUCAAUCCCGUUCCCGUGAUGAAACUUGUGGAAAUAAUAAGAACAUCUGACACAAGCGAUGAAACUUACAAGAUUUGUUUAAAUUUUGGCGAGAAAUUAGGGAAAACUUGCAUAACGUGUAAAGAUACUUUCGGAUUUGUUGUGAAUCGACUGAUCAUCCCUUACACUGCUGAAGCCAUGAGAAUGCAUGAACGUGGUGAUGCUUCAAUCAAAGACAUUGAUAUAGCAAUGAAACUUGGAGCUGGAUAUCCCAUGGGGCCAUUUGAAUUAAGUGAUCUUGUUGGACUUGAUACAUUCAUAAGAGCACUUGCAGCAUUUGAAAGAUGUGAACCUAACAAUCCACUUUUCAAACCUGUUCAAUUAAUUCAAAAGUAUAUGAGCAAUUUAAAGUUACCGCCCAUUCAAAAGCCUACACAACGUAGGAGCUAUGCUGGUUUUCCAACAGCUCAAGCAUCAGCUGCAAAUUUUGCAAAUUCGUUUCAACUUUUAGUAACUGCACCAUCAUCAUCAUCAUCAUCAACGUCAUCAGCGACACCUUAUAAUACUUCCGGCGAGACAAUGGCAAAUGACAAAAUUCCAAAAGGCUACGUCAAUAUGACGCAUCAAGUAGCAGGUCACACUGUUCAUGUUGGCACAGACGAAAUUGGAUUGUUAAAGAGUAUUGACGACGGAAGUGUUUUAAAACCAGGAGGAAGUCAGUGGUGUGCAGCUCGGGAAAUAAAAUUUUAUGAACAACUUUUAACUUCAACUGACCCCGCAGUGCUUCCGCUGAAAGAGUUUGUGCCUGAAUAUCGUGGAACACAAACUUUAACUAUUGGCAACAAGACUAUUAAUUUUAUUAAACUGCAAGACUUGACACAUGGAAUGCUUGAACCUUGCAUCAUUGAUAUAAAGAUUGGAAGACAAACGUGGGAUCCAUUAGCAACAGAUGCUAAGAAAGAAGCUGAGGCAUCGAAAUAUCAACAGUGCAAGACCACAGUUGGAUUUUGUAUUCCUGGUUUCCAAACUUAUCAUUUGAUAAGCAACACUUAUAAGAAAUUUGGAAGAGAUUAUGGGAAGAAGUUGAAUCAAAAUACUGUCACAGAUGCUUUAAAAAUGUUUCUUAAUGGUGAUUCUGGUCUCAAUCGGCAAUUGGUAACGUCAAUACUUACAAGCCUCUGGGCGAUUCAAAGUUGGAUGAGAAAACAGAAAAAUUAUCGCUUUUACUCGACGUCAAUUCUUAUUGUUUAUGACGCAAGAAAACUUCGACAAGUGAUUGAAAGUCAAAGACGUCAAUCGCCAAAAAGUUUUCCAAGUGCUUUGGAGGUUGGCAAUCGUAAAUCAGGAGGGGCAAGUCCAACAGAUUUAUCACCAACAGGCAAUAAUCUUAACAGAACAUUAAGUGAUGACGGUGAUACUUUAAGUGAAUUACCAAAAUCGUUGCCGAAACAAGUUUAUAAGAAGAUUCAACGAUCUCGAUCAUCAACAAAUAAUUACGAACAGGAAAUGCGAAACAUGAGAAAUAAUUAUCAUCAAAUGUUGGAUGACUUAGUCGGAGCUUAUGAUGGAAAGAAGGAGUGGGUGUUUGUGAAAAUGAUCGACUUUGCGCACACUUUCAACACAAAUGAAUUAAAUGAGACACAAGCAAAUGGUUUGGAUCUCAACUACCUCGAUGGCAUUGAACAUUUAUGUUCAAUUUUUGAAGAAUUUUUAAAGAUGUGCGAGUAAAUAAAUUGAAUGAAAAGUUUCUUUGUGCGUCAAGCAUUUAUCUGCUUCCAACAUGAUUUUGAAUAUUUAUAGCAUUGAAUUGCUACGAUAAAUGCUUGAAUGAUGAUCAUGCUAAAAGAUUUAAAAAGAGAAGAGACUGUUGAAAUAAAAAUAGAAAGCAUGAUUUAUAUUUAUUCCAUUACAAUUCAACAUGAUUUUGAAUAAAUGAAAAUGAAUUAUUAAUGAAUUGUUUCCUUCCUGUGAGUGGCCAUGAAUUUAAAGCAGAAGCAAAGGAAGGAAAUCCUCUGGUUUUAAUUUCUUUUUAUUUAUUUUGAAGGAU